AUGACGGUCUGCCGGUUUUACCAGCAGGGCUACUGCCGUUCCGGAAAUGCCUGUAAAUUCGAGCACCCUCCAAAGGGAGGGCAACAGAACUACAACAACAACCGUUUCGGGCCACUUUCCGGACAAUCGAACCAAGGGAUGAGUGGGCGACCUGCGGAACGAGUUGCCGGGAUGGAUCUGUCGUGUUACAGCCCGGGGAAGGAUGCGCCCGAGCAGCUCUGGGGUGGCUAUCCCCGGGAACAAAGCGUUGAGGAGAUCCGCUUACACUUCAUGAUGGGGGCCAUGGCUGGGAACCUCCAGGGCGCCCUCAACGACAUCCAAAUGCUGCACCAAAAUGCCCAGCAACAGAUUCAACACACCCUCAGCAACGUACCGAUGGCGAUACAGUAUAUCGUCGAGGCGGGGAAAAACCACCCUAACCGGAUAGACGUAUGUAAGGGGGCGGAGGGGGAUUCUACCACUGGCGGCGCAUUUGGGGGCUCGACAAACGCCUUUCAACAGCCAGCCCCGCCGGCAAACCCAUUCGGAGCACCAGCUACCCCGGCAACCACCGGCGGCGCUUUUGGCCAACCUGCCGCCCUGGGCCAGAAGCCCAAUCCGUUUGGGACCCCUGCGCCCGCCCCUGCUUUUGGUCAACACACACAGCCAGCAGCAUCGGGAUUUGGGCAGCCUGCGGCGCCAGCAUUCGGGCAGCCGGCCGCCUUGGGAGGAUCAACCCCUUUUGGGGGGUCUACCCAACCGACGAGCGCCUUCGGCCAGACCGCGACAUUAGGAGCAAAGCCCAAUCCGUUUGGAGCGCCGACGCAAACUUCUGCCCCGGCUUUUGGCCAGUCGGGAUUCGGACAGCCAGCAGCACUCGGGGCGAAGCCUAACCCCUUCGGAGCCGCGGCAGGGGGAGGAGGGGCUUUCUCUUCCGCCUCACAAUCGGCUCCGACCAACAGCCCGUUCGGUCAGCCAGCACAGCAGCCGCAGCAAACCCAAAGCACAUCUCUCCCGUUUGGCCAAACCGCGAACAACCAGCCUGCGGCCAACCCGUUCGGGCAACCGGCCGCACAACCCGCAGCCGCAAACCCAUUCGGGCAACCAGCGACUGCCCCGGCGAACCCCUUCGGUCAGCCUCCGCAGCAACAACAGCCGCAGCAGCAACAGCCAGCUACCAACCCGUUUGGAGCACCGGCCGCGACGGCCGCCCCCGCUAAUCCCUUCGGGCAACCGGCUACGUCCUCGCCAUUUAGCACACCAGCCGCCACCACCUCCGCGGCCGCUCCAGCGCCCAACCCCUUCAGCCAACCUAGCACGUCGGCGCCCGCGCCCGGACCAGCCGGGGCCAACGGCACGGGGCCGUACGGCCCAGACGCCACGCGCCAACACCCCGACCUAUCCACGUACGCCGCGCAGAACCCGGAUAAGACGCUGCGCAUGUUUAAGGGCAAGCCCGUGCUCUACGAGGAGCUGAAGCCCGGGACGCGGCCGGUGCCGGUGCUGCGCAAUUUCGACGGGAGCAUGGUCCGCAUCUGGAUGCCCAACGGCGCCCCCGCCUAUACGACGCAGACCGAGGCCGAGCCCGAAAAGUACCAGGACCCGACCGUCAUGCAGCAGUGGAAGGCCUUUGUGGACACGGGGAAGUUUGCGGGAGGGAUCAUGCCGGAGGUGCCGCCGAAGAGAGAGUUCUCAAACCCACCCCUGGCCAUCUUCCUCGCCCGCUGGUCCCGCCGGUUAUGGUGUCGUCGCGCUCGUCGUCGUCUGGAGUCGAAGGCGGCGAGGGCCGAGAGGAUGGCGGAUUUGGCGGUGGCGGUUGAGCCGUGGGUCAGGAGGGCGUCGGCGUUGCCGGGGCGCUUGCCGAUGUGGAGGUGGGAGGUGGAGGUGGGCAGGAGGGGGAAUUCGUCUUCGGAGUCUGUGGGGGAGUCGGGGGGGAGGGGUGGGGUGGGGCGGGGGAGGAGGGAGGUGCGUCGUGGUUGGGGGUGUUGCGGUUGCGGUUUGGGGUGUGGGUUGGGUGAGUUCUUCGGCGCGGUUGGCGGUUUGGAGGUGCGGUGGGAGGGAGUCGUCGAGGAGGUGCGCGAUUACUUCUUCUGGGUUGGAGUCGUACUCGUUGAGGAGAUUGGCUACGAAGCCGGUGCCGAGAUCGGGGAAGAGGUCUUGCACCUGGGAGAUCUGGCUCAUGAGAUGGAUGUGUAUCUCCUGUUGGGCCUGCGCCUCCUUGCGCUGGAGUCGUUAGAGCAAGAGAGUAGACGUGACAAGCUCGGCAACAAGAGAGUCGUUCACGUUGAGGGUGCUAGCCUUGUGGGUGUCUGCAGCUGCUUUGAGGGAGUAGAGCUGAUCCGUCAGAGCCGACAUCUUUUGCCCCUCUGCAAGACCGGAGAGGCAGAGGUACGUCGUUGCAAUCAGGGCUCUUCUCAACGGAGGGUUGGUGAUCCUGUAGCAGCUGAUGAGAGCGUCCACGAAAUCGCUGCCCGCAAGAAAGAACUCAGCGACGAAUGGAGACACCAGAAUCAAGUCGUUCACCCGCUCCAACCGUUCUUCGAUGCUCUUGAGAUCUCCCCCAUUGAGACCGGCAUCAAGGUUCUUGACAUGGCUCAAGUCGGCGAGAAACUCCCACUGUGCCAGUCCACUUGGUGGCGCCGGUGGCUGAAGAAGUCUGGUAGCGAGUCUAAAGGAAUCCUUCAGGAGCUUCUUUGCAGAAGAAGAUGA